AUGACAAUGCGAGAGCAGAAGCCCGACUCUACGCAGUUAUUUCCCUCUGACUCAGACCUUUUUUGCUUCCCUGGCUGUCGCAUUCCCUCUGAACAGAAGAACGGUUACAUUGCGAAGAUGGAAGGCGAUUUUCGAUCUGAAAGUGGUGAUCGUGGUGCUGCGAACGUGAGUCAGCUGGAGAUGCAUCUUCCGUGCUUCAAUGCAAGCCAGAUCUUCGAACGGCAGGAUUCUCUGGCUCGCGCCGCUACCCUUCAGGAAUGCGAUCGAACUAGGGAUCCCGAUGGAAUUCUAGAUUUUCUUGAGACUACCAUGAAUAUUGAGGAUUAUCUAGAAGAUAUAAAUUCGAUUGAAAUUCCUGCGGAUGAUAUCGACUUUGAGGACUUUGAGUUGCAGAAAUGCAAAGAUGGCCACAUGCCAACAAAUGAUACAGACGACUCGUUUUCUCACAAUGAUUGCAUUUCUGAACAUCUCUUUUCGACAGCUUUUAUACGUAAAACUCCUGAGGUCAAGCCUGCUGCAUCCGAAAUCAAGCUUGAGCCUGAAUGGGAAGAUAAUUGUCCAUCGACUUCAUCGACCCGUACGUCGAAGAGGGAAAGAAGAAAUGUGAAGGUCCCGGAAAUAUAUACACCAACUCGUCCUCCCCGUAAAUAUACGUUGAAAACACCACAAGAGCGAAACAACACUUCAUAUAAAGUCAAGCGUCAAAGGAAUAAUGAUGCCGUUAGAAAGAGCCGUACAAAAGCGAAACAGUUGCAAUUAAUGAAGGAAAAGCAGUUAGAGGAAGCGCUUCAGGAAGUCAGUGAGCUCAAGGAAAAGCUUCGUGUCCUCUGUGAGCGGCUCUCGCACUGUCGCUGCCGGAUCUGA